CUUGGGGGAUUAUUCGAAAGUUUGGUUCUUAAUUCUAGAUGAUUUUCCGGCUUAACAUGGCACACAAACGGGAGAAGGAUAGAUAGCAUCUAAACCGGCCAACGGUUGCUACCUGUGCUCUAUUCUUAGCAUUGUUAGCAACUAGACAAAGGAAGUUACUUGGAAACCAAAGGUUAUAUAUGAUUCAAACCAAUGUGCGCAUUAUUGGAAACCCCGUUGACGUGUGGCGAACCUAUCCAGGGAUGUUGUUUCGUUUGACUCGAUGCAUUUCUAUAAUUUGAAGUUGAUUUGCAUCGAUCACAUUUUGUUUCGAAAUUUGAUUGCAAUCCGUUUCUAUCUAAUAAACAGACGUUUAAAUGACAACUCUAAGUAAUGAAACUUUAAAUGAUACCUCGGAGGAAAAUGAAUAGAAAGUGAUUAUACGAAUAGAUUUGAGAAGACAUAAAAGUCGACAGGUGUUUUGGACAGCUAGGUCCGGAAUGUAAACGCUUGAUCUUAGUAGAAUUUAGGCAUCGUCAUGAACGGUAUUCUUGUACAACCUAAUGCAAUCACAAUUCACAUGAUGAUGACAAUGCUUUUGUUUGCGAAAUCCGAGGAUGUUCCUGAGAAAAGAAUUCCCGAUGAGCAACGACUGCUGUCAAAACUACUGGGAAAUUACAACACGGCGGCUCGUCCAGUCUACAAUGCGUCGCACCCCAUAACUGUUCUUUUUGGACUAACAUUUGUCCAGAUUCAUCAAAUGGAUGAAGUGAACCAGGUACUGACAACAAACGUUUGGUUGGAGCAGGAAUGGAAUGAUGAAAGACUACGUUGGGAUCCCGCUGACUACAAUGGUCUGGUGACGAUACGCAUACCAUGCGAACUCAUCUGGCUUCCUGAUAUAGUCCUUUAUAAUAGCGCUGAUGAUUUCACAGAGGGAUACAUGCAGAGCCGCGCUAUGGUCAGGUCUGACGGUAACGUCUUCUGGGCGCCACCAGCCAAACUACGUAGUUCUUGUAAGAUAGAUAUCACAUAUUUCCCUUUCGAUGAUCAGAAGUGCAAAAUGAAAUUCGGCUCCUGGACUUACGAUGGUUUUCAAGUGGAUGUCACAAACCGUUCAACAGAAGUAGAUUUGACUAACUAUGUAUUCAACGGCGAGUGGGAAUUAGUGCGUAUUGACAUUGUACGCAACGAGGUUAAAUACCCCUGUUGUAAUGAGCCGUACCCCGACGUGACGUUUACUAUUAUAAUUCGCAGGAGAACGUUAUACUAUCUGUUCAACAUUAUAUUCCCCUGUCUAUGGCUUACCGUCCUCAGUUUAUUGGGCUUCUGGCUUCCUCCAGAUUCAGGCGAGAAGAUUACACUGGGGAUUACUGUUCUGCUCGCUUUCUCUGUGUUUAUGCUGUUAAUUGCUGAGAGCAUGCCCGCAACUUCCGAAUUUGUGCCAUUGAUAGGUAUUUAUUUAACAACAACUAUGGCGAUGACGUCGCUGUCUAUCGUAUUGACAGUAUUCGUGUUACAACUUCAUCACGUGGGACCCCAGCAGAGACCGGUCCCUCGCUGGAUGCGCUGCAUCGUAUUUGACGUCAUCGCAAGACUGCUAUUCAUGCGCAGACGUGUCAGACACUACAGCUAUCACAGAGUAGCCCGUCAAGAUGAGACGCCCCUUCAACAUCUACACGAAGACCCACCCGAUGAUUUACAUAAUUGUAACGGUGGCGUUAAUACAAACAAUGUUCAGUAUAAAGAUAUAUACGACCAGAACAGACCGGAAGUAAAAGAUGACAUAAAACAUCAAUAUGAGAAUGUCUCGCAACAGUUUAACAUUGUAGUAACAAACAAAGGAGAAACUGAACAGUAUCACGAGAUGGUGAACGAAUGGAGAGCAGUAGCUCAUGUGAUGGAUCGUUUCUUGUUUUGUCUGUUUAUGAUAGGAGCUAUGUUAUCGUCAUUAGCAAUUUUAGUUAUCAAACCAUUGUUCAAACCGCACGAACCAGAGUCUUGACGGACCCUGCUAAAGUGACCCGGCCCAUGUAUGCACCAUCAAAAUGUAUCUCUAUGCAUGUUUAUAUUAAUAUGUUCAGUAGAAAUGUAUAUAAAUGUUUUUCCUUACCCUGAAGUUAUGUCAAUUAUACUUUGAUUCUUAGUAUCGGUCUGCUAGGGCUAAAAGAAAAAUCAAAAGUGCCUAAUAUAGUUGUCAUACAUUCAACGUUUGUGGCUAACUGUUUUGGCAUCUCUCAAAAGAAAACUUAGGGGUAUUUUCAAAAGUAUGAAAAUCAUUCAUUGGACCAAUUUAAUAACACCAACUAUUGUAACAUCCAGCACAGGGCUCAUACUGUAGUCUUCCACAUACGCGAUCAUCUGACCUCGCGAUCGAUCGCAAACUGUUCCUUCUACCCGAGCCACAGUUCUCACAACGCGAAUUUCGAUUCGUAUAGUCGCAAACACUAGAUCCUCUCUCCCGUACAUAUUUCCCCACUCGCGCACCCAAUUCCCACAUCCCGACAUAUACAGAUUUGUGGUUCGCGAUAUGGAAACUGCGUUUGCAAAUGGAGAAAUAUGUUCGAAAAAGGAAUUAGUGGUUUGCGACAAAAAAUUCGAUAUUCGCGUUGUGAUAACCGCGCGCGUGCUUCGGGUGGAAGGGACGUAUAUCGUGAAGUCAGAACUGAUGAGCGCGUUAGUUGAAGUCUAGAAGGCCUGUAACAAUACACCUAGCCAGUCACUUUAAUGGAAAUCAAACUCUAAAAUGCAGUGUAUACAUAUUC